AGGUGGAGAAAGUGAUGCCUGCAGACACAUUCUACUUUUCUAUCAUCAGGGAUCCUGUCGCGCUGGCGGAGUCCUCUUUUGCUUAUUACAAAGAAGUAGCUCCUGCCUUUCGGAAGGCAAAAGGGCUGGGCGACUUUGUCGACGACCCAAAUAAAUACUAUGACCCUCGUCUUCGCAACAACCACUAUGCCCGCAACCUGCUGUGGUUUGAUUUUGGCAUGGACAAUAAUGCUAAUUUCUCAGUGGAAUUAGCUCAGCAUGGUGAGGCCACGAUCCGCCAGACAUUCAGACUGAUUCUUGUGUCCGAGUACUUUGACCAGUCUAUGAUCCUGCUGAGACAUGCCCUCUGCUGGCCACUGGAUGCUGUAGUCUCAUUUAGCCUUAACGCUCGGCAGCAAAAGCCCAGCAGCAACAGCGUAAUGAGCGGAAGCUGGGUCGGCAAAGCUGCCGUAGCGGCUGGCGUCGGUGCUAGAGCUGGACGCUCACAAGGCAAGAUGUUGCCCAAUCUGUCGCUAACGGAUCAUCAGCGGGAGAAGCUACGCCAGUGGAACGCCUUAGAUUGGUACCUAUACAAAGCCUUCAACCGCACGUUCUGGGAGGAUAUCGACAAGUUUGGUCGUGCCCAGAUGGAGCGGGAAGUAGCUCUUCUCAGGAUGCGGCGGGAAAUCCUGGGCCGGGUUUGUCUGAAGGAUGGUGGAAAGCCCGUAGAAGCGUACCGGAUACGAGACAAAAAUAUCCGACCCUUUCAGAGCGGAGUAGUAAAGAUUCUUGGAUACGAGCUCCAGCCGGGUCUCGACAAUGCUACCAGGACGGCCUGUCUGAGGAUGAUUAGGCCCGAGAUCCAAUACAAAGAUCUGCUGGAUAGUAAACAGUUCCCACGGGCUGUCCAACCCCAGCUGGGACAGCAGGGACAGCUAGCAGCUGGUGGUGCUUUUGUAAGACAUGAUUCAUCUAGGACAGGAGAGAAAAUGAUGAUGGGAGAAGCUGAGAUGGAAAGAGAAAGAGACUGGGAUGGAAGCCGUAUAAUGAAGAGUAACCAGACUUUAAAAGGAGUGCGAGAAAAAGAAAGAUUGAGAUAGUUUAAGGUGAGUUACAUGUUACCUUUGAUUUGUGAGGGGAAACGGACCAGAGACGCCUGAGCCAAAUUUAGUUUACAUGUGAGAAAGAAACAAGCUUCUCUGCAGCACUUCCAGUUUUCUCUCUUUUCCUGAACACACUCUCUGGUUUGGUAUGUUUUCAUCUUUGGCAAUUACUCCCAGUGACAGUCUAUUUUAUUAUUGGAACUGCAUUUUCUUAUUGUGUUGAUGCUUAAAUGAAAUGAAAGUUACAAGCUGUCCCAAGGUUACAGAGGAGGGGUACACCGCUCGGGCCUUGUGGCUGAUGCGACACAGGCGGGAGUUUGUGAAAAUAAAAACAUGAAGACAGUCUCGCUGGACAGAGCACUGCAGAAAACCAAGACAGUUUAGGUUUGUUGUUGCAUUAACAGCUGUUAUUGAUUUCAUCAGACAAAUGAUCGCUUCCUUGCUCAAAUCUUUUUUUGUAUUUUAACAUACAGACUGUUUUUUUACAUAAGCUUGCCUUUAAACGCGGCUCAGAGACAGCAAAUCUCAUCUAUA